UUCCUCUUUUAUCCAUUAUCAAGGUGAAGGUCAUAGAACCUCUCGUUGUGGGAAGUCCUGUAAGUUACUGUUGACUGAGCUGAGUAGCCAUAUUGAAGGCAUGUUGAGGUCGCUGAUUAGUUCGAUAAGACAGACGUAUACGUGUGUGGUCCGUCCAAAUAUAGCUUCAGUCAACCACCAAGUAGUAUGUCAUUUCAACAAGGAUGUUGACGCUAGAGAUUAUUCUCCAGGAGAUGAGCAACACGAUAAAAGAUUAUGGAGGAGGCAUUUUCCCAGUGAGGAGACGUUACAAAUGAGUAUUGAUGGGACACCUUACGAUCAACUUCCUGUAGUCAACAUUAAAACGUCAAAAAACAACGUUAUUAUCUCCCUCUGCAGAGGCACAGGUGAAACAAUAUGCUUAUCAUCUGGCGGCAGCCUUGGAUUCCGACACGCCAAAAAGAACACAAAUCUCUGUGCACAAACUGUGGGGGCUCACAUAGGGGAGAAAGCCAAGAGUUUAGGAUUGCAGAAUCUGAGAGUAAAUUUGAAUGGAUUAAACACCAAAAGAACAUCGGCUUUGCUCGGGUUACGAACCUCAGGAGUGCGGAUUGUAUCCAUCUCAGACGUGACUAAAACACCACACAAUGGCUGUCGGCCUCGGAGUAAACCCAGGAAGUAAACGACAAGAGGUCACGGUAUGUUAAUCACUCACCAAGUCAACAUAGAGACUGUUAAUCACUCACCAAGUCAACAUAGAGACUGUUAGUCAUUCUCCAAGUCAACAUAGAGACUGUUUAUUAAUGAAAACGGUAUGUUAGUCACUCACGAAGUCAACAUAGAGACCGUUUAUUAAAUAAAAACAAACUUAAUUCAUACACGUAGUUUUUAUGCAAUUCAAAAACAUACAACUCUAGGAACAAUUUUGUACGCCCGUCUUUAGACAGGACAUAUUAUGGUACAGCGAUGUCUGUACGUCCGUCCGUUCAGGGUUUUCUGUUUCUAAUUUCCUUUCUCCGUCGCAUAUUAAGCUGAAACUUGCUAUGUAGCUUCUUUGUGGCUGUUGCAAUUUUGAUCCAUUUCAACUUCUCUUGGAGGAGUUUUGCCCCUUUAUUUGAAAAUUAUUGUUAUAUAGAGGGUACAUAAUUUGUCUGGUUAACACCGCCCACAAUUUUCAAGUGAGGGCCAUCUUGUUUUACAGAGUGUUUGUAUGGGAAUUGAAGAUGUGCAUGUGGUAGGGAUUUUAAUUUUCUUCAAUUUUUGAGAAAAUUACAGGUUGUUGAACUUAGUCAGUUUUGAGGAAAUAUUACAUAGAGAGUACACGAUUUGUACGGUCAAUUUCUCCCCCAGUUUUCAAGUGAGGACCUUCUUAUUUUAUAGAGUGUUUAUAUGGGUAUGGAAGAUGUGCAUGUGGCAAGGAUUUCGAUUUUCUUCAAUUUUUGAGAAAAUUACAGGUUGUUGGACUUGGUUUGUUUUGAGGGAAUAUUUUAUUAAUUUAAAGGGCAUGGUUUGUCCUUUUAACUCCUUUCACAGUUUAGAAGCUACGGUCUUUGUAAAUAUCUUGAAGAUGUGCAUAGUGAAAGGAGUUUAAUUCUCAACAAUUUUUAAUUUUCUUUGCCGUUUUAAAUAUUUACAGGUUGUUGAACUUAGUCAAAUUGGGGGAAAAUAUUUUACACACAGAAUUCUUGGUUUGUCUAUCUACCUCUUGUCACAGUUUUAAGCUAAGACCCUUUAUUCAUACAAUGCAAAGAAAGUUCUUUUGAUAUACCCACUUAGUGUGUUCCUGUUUGCUAGUAAGGUGUUCAAAUCAUUGAACUAUCCAGGAAUCAGGGACCUGUAUAUUACUAGUAAGGUGUUCAAAUCAUUGAACUAUCCAGGAAUCAGGGACCUGUAUAUUACUAGUAAGGUGUUCAAAUCAUUGAACUAUCCAGGAAUCAGGGACCUGUAUAUUACUAGUAAGGUGUUCAAAUCAUUGAACUAUCCAGGAAUCAGGGAUCUGUGUAUUACUAGUAAGGUGUUCAAAUCAUUGAACUAUGAUCCAGGAAUCAGGGACCCGUAUAUUACUAGUAAGGUGUUCAAAUCAUUGAACUAUCCAGGAAUCAGGGACCCAUAUAUUACUAGUAAGGUGUUCAAAUCAUUGAACUGUCCAGGAAUCAGGGACCCGUGAAUAUUUCUAUUAAUAUCAUAUUAAUUUCGGCAGUUGAUAAAUCUUCCUUUAUUUUUGCUGUAUCAUGACAUACCAUCACUGAUUCUAUGUAUUCCUUUUCUUUGCAGAGAAAUCAGGAGGGGGGAGGAUGGAACAUCCCCAAGGAGUCGAUGACAGUCUGCAGAGAGAAAAAUGUCUGCUAAACCAGUUCUGUGACGCGACAUGUGACUUCAGGUUGUGUCUGAUGGCAACAUGCUUCGACUUUGGACCUGUCAUUAAGAUUGUUCAGAACAAUAAAAAUCCGAGUACAACCAACACA